GUACAUACACAAGCAAAAGCAAAUUAUUUAUGUAUAGAAUUAAGUUGAAAUAAUCAUACCCCUGAUAGCUCAGUUAAGAGAUGUUUACGUCGGAUUUGCUUGUUUUUUUUUUUAAAGGGUAGAUGACCCAACCGGAUAGGGAUAGGAUUUCUAGAAGGUUGAGUGUGGACAGAAAUGUAAUUGUGAAUAGACCAAACUUAACCCAAAGAUAUAUUUUUUUUUCUAUGCUAGGGAGUAGGUAAAGCUUCGAGAAUGAAGCUGCAGCCUGAAUCAACAAACAGUACGUGUGGAUUUUCUGGAUGCAUGGUGGGAAGUUUGCCAAAAACUUGUUGACAAAAUACCCAGAGGUGAUUGGUCUUCCCGCGUCGUCGUGUAUGUAAAUACAAAACGGAAAAGGACUUCAUUCACCGGCCGGCCGGCCGGCGGGUCAAUUCGUCGUCGUCGCCUACUUGCAAAACUGAUCUUGGAUUUUUGUUUAUAUAUAAAAAAAAACUGGUUUUUUAUAGUAUAGAGUAGUGUAUAUAGAGCAUGUGAAAGCAGUUGCAGAUAACAAACUAGGCUACCCGCGUGGCGCAGGCAUCAUCAGCCCAAGUGGAAGUGGUGUUCGUUUUUUUGCCUUUUUGUUUAUUAUUAUAUGCAAGGUCCACGUCUCUCUUUGAGUAAGUCGUCUUAGCUAGCUAGAUCUGAAAGUGGGGAAUUAUUACGUACAGCGAGGAUUGAUCAUAACACUUUACACAUAUGUUGACUCAUUUACCAGUUCAAAGAUUGGGUUUUUAAUGUUCUGUAAUCAUCAUGUUAACGGUACUUUUUUUUUUAUCAAUCAGGAGUUUGGUUGAAGAUAUGACUGGAAUGCGGUUUAGUUUCGGUGAACCGAACUGAAUUGGUCAGUUACUCGAACUCGAAUUGGUGCCCUCGUAGCGACCGUAAGUGAAAUCGUUGCGGUUAGACAUGAAUAGAAUGUUAUGGUUUUCGGGUUAUAACCGCAAAAACUGAAUAACUCAUUGGCCAUUCUUUGCGGUUUGGGUACGGGCCGGAUGGGUUGGUUAAUUGAGGUUUGGGAAUCUGUAAUCGUGUGGUUAUCUCUGUGUGUGUGUGUUUUUUUUUUUGUUCGGUUUGCAAUUACACAUGGCACAAUAGAAUUGUAACACUUUAGGCAAAUCCAACAUCAACAAAGCACGUGAGAGAUCCAUGGUUCAUAAGUAGGAAACCGGCCUUAACUGACAAGACGCGUUUUGGGGUGUAAUGGAGGAGUUCUUGUGAGAACUCCGAAGUUAAACGUGCUCAGUGUGGAGUACAACAAGGAUGGGUGAUCUUAUGGGAAGUCACCUUGAAUUGCACCCCAAGUCAAAAACUGUGAAAAUCGAGGCCCAAAGCGGACAAUAUUUUCGCCGGAAAAAGGUUCGGGAUGUUACAAGAAUGACCCACCAACAAAAAAAAAUACAUAACCGUUUUAUGCCUUUAUUUUUCUAUUCUCGUUAACCGUCAAAUUCGGUUGAAGUUUCUCAUGCGUGCAUUUUAACGGCUAGUUACGAUGAAUUUAAUCUUAUGUAAAUCACGAAAGAGUAAAUUAGUUUGUCAUCCAAUGUCAAGAUCCAGACAUCAGAUGUUACCUCAUCGUUUAUGCUUGCGGAUUCCGGCAAAGAAAGAAAUUGAAUUGAGUGUCAAAACUAAUUAAGGCGAUGGAGAUGGAGAAAGUCAAAAAGUGGGGGUAGUUACAGCCAUGCCAUGCAUGUCCUUUUCGUACGAACCAACUUCGGAGACUUGGGCUCCUUAUUUUUACAUUAAUUACCCAAAAAUUGAAAAGAGAAGAAAAAGAAAAAAAAAAACUUUGGAGACUUGUGACUCCCUGCCCAAGUCCCUAAUCAACUCUUAAUUAAUAGUUUCCAGAAGAAAAACUGCUAAAUUAAUUAACACUAAAAAGUAAUAGGAUUGAGAAUGAGAUGAUAUGAAUUCCAUCUCUCAAAAUCUAGGUUUUCGGUCCCUCAAAAAAUCUAGGUUUUCGAUGAUAAUGAAACUGUUACUAUUUCUAAAUCUUGCAAUCUCCUCGACUCUUAAAUACCGACUUUAUAAUUAAAGGAGAAAAAUAUUACACGCAUAAAAAAAACACCAUGAGAACAGAAUUGGCUAAACAAGCAAAGCAAUAUGCGAAAGCUAGUACUGGAUGUAGUGGAUCCGAUCGUAAAAUUUCUAGAUGUUCAAUAUAUAGAGCUUCUUUCUAGUUGAGUUUUUUUUCUCCCUUCUCAAAUAUUCAUUUUCUUCAAAUCGCAUAAUUAAUAUAUCAUAAUUUGGUAGCUCUGGUCGCAACUUAAAAGCUCUGCAUGAUCUAUAUUUUGCAGAAAUCCAACUCCUGAUCAUAGGAAACUCGAGUUUAGCUAGUUGGCAUGUCAGUGACGGAGCCAGAAAUUUGAAUGAAUGGCUGAUUUGGAUCGUGAAUUUCAAAUUAAAGCCUUAUCGAUUAUUCUAUGUCCUAAAUUUAUUAUAAUUUUUAAAUGUAAUUUUGCCUGUAUUUCAAAUUUGAGGCGGCCUGUAGCCCCUUAUAAUUCAACCUAACUCCUCCAUUGUGGCAUGUUGUUUUGUUAGUUUGUAGUUGAUGUAUGUUUGUCCUUUGAUAGUGGAUUUGUGAUUGUACAUGACGAUAAUUUGUAGACAAUAGCACAAUUUAUAUAUGGACAAAGGAAAUAGUAUAGAGACAUGUACAAAAAGAAUCUAAUAAUUAACCACAAAUCAAAUUAAUUUGGAAACAGUAAAAGAAGUUGAAAUUUUUAUAGAAUAGAGGGACCAUUUACCAAAUGGAAAGAAGAAGAAUUCCUGGGAAAGUCCAUAGAAUAAUCCAAGAAGCCGAAGGAAAAAAAACGAAACAGGGUGGGAAAAUUCAAACCAAAAUAAAAAAAAGGAGUCGCUUGCCUCGCCUCGCCUCGCCUCUUUCUCUCUCUCUCGCAGGUCAAGCAUCGCAUCCGCGUUUUUGUCGGAAUAUAAUUAACUUUUUAUUUUAUAAAAAUUAAAAACAAAUCCAAAAUAUGUCGCUUACACCGAUCCCACCCUCUGGUUUAUAUACCUCCCAAUCCCACAACCCAUUUCCUCAGAACAAACUCCUCCUCACUCUCUCUCUACCCUUAUCUCUCUCUCUCUCUCUCUCUAAAUCUCCUUCCAACCUCGACGAAGAAGAACAUCAACAGAUAACACAGACCUUCCGCUUUCAGAAUGACGGCGGAGAAAUCCCGGUGGUCGGCCUUCCUCUCCAGCUGCCUCUUCGGCUCCCAAGACGAAACCACACACCACGACCGGACAAGCAGCAACAACAAGAGAAAGAAGAACAAGAAGAAGAAGUCCACGUCAUCGUCGUCGCCUUCUUCCUCCCCCAGGGCCAAGAAGCAGCAGCACCCGGUGAUGAUGACGAUCACGAAGCAGGGCUCCUUCCACGGCCGGGUCUCCAUCUCCGACCUCAGCAACCCGGACUCCCUCUCCUCCGACCUCUCCGCCUCCCUCGCCGGCUCCAACCUCCACGUCUUUACCCUCGCCGAGCUCAAGGUCAUCACCCAGAGCUUCUCCUCCGGCAACUUCCUCGGGGAAGGAGGAUUCGGCCCCGUCCACAAGGGCUUCAUCGACGACAAGCUCCGCCCCGGCGCCCUCAAGGCCCAGCCCGUCGCCGUCAAGCUCCUCGACCUCGAUGGCCUCCAGGGCCACCGCGAGUGGCUCACCGAGGUCAUCUUCCUCGGCCAGCUCCGCCACCCCCACCUCGUCAAGCUCAUCGGCUACUGCUGCGAGGAGGAGCACCGCCUCCUCGUCUACGAGUACAUGCCACGUGGCAGCCUCGAGAACCACCUCUUCCGACGCUAUGCGGCGUCGCUUCAAUGGUCAACGAGGAUGAAGAUCGCUUUGGGAGCGGCAAAAGGCCUGCAGUUCCUCCACGAGUCCGACAAGCCGGUGAUCUACCGCGACUUCAAGGCCUCCAACAUCUUGCUCGACUCCGACUACACCGCGAAGCUCUCCGAUUUCGGGCUGGCGAAAGACGGGCCGGAAGGGUCCGACACCCACAUCUCGACACGUGUCAUGGGGACCCAGGGCUACGCGGCGCCCGAGUACAUCAUGACGGGACACCUGACGUCGAUGAGCGACGUGUACAGCUUCGGGGUGGUGCUGCUGGAGCUCCUCACGGGGAGGAGGUCCGUGGACAAGGCCCGGCCCCAGAGGGAGCAGAACCUGGUGGAGUGGGCCAGGCCCAUGCUCAACGACCCGAGGCGGCUGAGCCGGAUCAUGGACCCGCGGCUCGAGGGGCAGUACUCCGAGACCGGGGCAAGGAAGGCGGCGGCGCUGGCGUACCAGUGCCUCAGCCACCGGCCCAAGCACAGGCCCAACAUGAGCCUCGUCGUCAAGACGUUGGAGCCGCUCAAGGACUACAACGACUUCGCGAUGGGCACGUUCGUCUACGUCGUCCCCACGGAGGCCAAGAGUGUUGGCGGCGAGAAGGAGAAAAAUAGUGGUGGUAAGAAGGAGUUGGUGGGUGAGGAGGAGAAUAAGGUGGCGGAGAGUGAAGAGAAGGCGGCGACGAAGAAGGAGCAAGGUGGGCAGGAACAGUAUCAUCAUAGGCAUAGGCUUCACCGUGGUGGGGAGGGCGGCGGCCGGAGGCAUCACCGGAGUUCGCCGAGGUCGCCGACGGUUCACUCGGAAGGAGGUGGUGGGUACAAGCAGAGUCCCCGGUCCAACAGACUGAACUCUCCGUUGCAUCCAAACGCCAAAGGAGCGUGAUUUUUUUAUUCUUGUUUUUUUUUAAUUAAUUAAUAAUUAGUACAACAAUUUUUAGUUAUUACAAUAUUGCAAGUGUAUAUUUUCUGGCACUGUAAAUAGAUACAUGCCAUGCGUAGACACAUGUGGAGUUUUUUUUUUAUUUCUUCUUAAUUCUUUAUUUUGCCAAUAGAAACGGUCCAAAAUUGGCUCAACUGUAUAAGGAUUUUGUUUUGUUUUCAUUUUUUCAACCAUUUUUGUUUCUAGAAGGAGUUAGUAUUACUAAUUACACAGUUGAAUCCAAAGUUACAUGAAAGAUUAAAUAUUAUCUAGCUUUUUCAUCUGUGGCAAUAUGCUUAAAAGUGAAUUCAUAUUGAGUACAAGUUAAAAAUUAAGAUGAAAUUGAUCAUAGAUGGAACAAUCCAAUUAGUAGCUUACCAAAUCUAUCAAUUGAUCUACUCACGUUUUGUGUACAUAUAUAACAAGUAACAAUAUCAAAUUUGUCGCUUCUAAAUUACAUAUAAUUCUGCGCGUAUGAUAAAAAAAAAAUGCCUUAUAUACUGUUAAUGGAAAUUGCUGUUCUUUGUGGAUUUCCCCCUACCAGCUACUAGUAUGAAUAUUGUAGAAAUAUGGGUAUUUGGUGGGGGCGGAUUUCCUCAACAUUAACACGUUGCCGACCAAGUCAAAAACCGGUUAUUAACAAGUUUAAGACAUGUUGGUGAUUUCAGUGAUUAUAAUGGGAAUGGAGUCAAAGAAACAGCUAAGCCGGUUUUGAAAUGGUAGAAGCCAGUUGGAAAUUGCCUGCUAUUGGGACAUUAAUUGUUGACCUUUUCAACAAUUCGGUACAAUCUCCACUAAACCCCAGCGGAGAGGAAGAAGACAAAUAUAAAGAAACGAAACAAUCGUUUGCAAUAUCUGUCUAUAUUAUCCAUCGUGGUUGGUACCCGACAAAUAUAAGUAUUAUCAAAUCAGGAAAAAGAUUACCACUUAAAGAUAAUCAGGAAAAAAUUGGGUCGAUAUAAUCCAGUGGGCUGGUAUCUUUGUGUACUCAAUACUGUCACGAAUGUAGUUUGACGAUUUUGACCGUCCAUUUUCUGGAACGGAUGAUUGAGACAAGUAAAAUUAGAAAUUUAUUACAUCGCACUAAUAUUACCACAUAUGGGAGAAUCCCAGGCAAGUUGGAAUUUGGCAACGAAGGUAAGAGCCAACCACAUUUGAGAGUAGGGAUGGCAAUGGGGCGGGUUUGAGGCGGGUUAGCUUAAACCAUCUCCAUACCCAUGCGGGGGAAUGUUUUGCAAACCCAUCCUCAUACCCGUGGGUUUCGGGUACCCAUGGGUAAUACUCAUACCCGUAAUCCAACAUUAUUAUACCUAAAACUUACAACAAAAGUUCUAAUUAUAACUCUAAACGAACAUAUUAUAUCAUAAAGUCAACAAAACACAAUCAUUUUUUUAAUAUGGUUCAAAGAUUAUGAUCCUAAAAUAUCCAUUAAUACAUAAUAUAGAGUAUAAUAUUUUUCAGAUUAUUAUGUUCUAACUCUGAUACAUCUACUAAAUAAUAAUUAACUAACAUAAUCUUGUUGACAAGGGGGAAAGUGAAAGAGUGAAAUGAGAAUUAAGAGAAAUGAAUUAGAUUUUGAUUA